AUGGAUUGGCUAGAGAAGCAUCAUGCGUCCGUGGAUUGUUUCCGGAAGGAAGUGACACUCCGGAGUCCAGGACAACCCAAAGUGAUAUUCCGGGGAGAACGUAGAAUCCUCCCUACUUGCCUUAUCUCUGCUAUUACAGCUAAGAGGUUACUCCAGAAAGGGUGUGAAGGAUUCCUAGCUCAUAUCAUCGACACUCGAGAGAUCACCUUGAAUCUGGAAGAUAUUCCUGUUGUUAGUGAGUUUCCUGAUGUCUUUCCAGAUGAUCUUCCUGGGUUACCUCCUGAAAGGGAAAUCGAGUUUACUAUUGAACUCCUUCCAGGCACCAAUCCUAUCUAUCUAACUCCUUAUAGGAUGGCACCAGCCGAACUUCGGGAGUUGAAGACUCAGUUGCAGGAAUUAGUGGAUAUGGGUUUCAUCCGACCUAGUGUUUCCCCAUGGGGUGCACCGGUGUUGUUUGUGAGGAAGAAGGAUGGGACCAUGAGGUUAUGUAUUGAUUACCGGCAGUUGAAUAAGGUGACAGUACGUAACCGGUAUCCUUUGCCUCGGAUUGAUGAUUUGUUCGAUCAGUUGAAGGAUGCUAAGUAUUUCUCUAAGAUUGAUCUGAGAUCAGGGUACCAUCAAUUGAGGAUUAGAGAAGAGGAUGUUCCCAAGACCGCAUUCAGAACGCGGUAUGGUCAUUAUGAAUUUCUGGUGAUGCCGUUUGGACUGACGAAUGCUCCAGCAGCGUUUAUGGAUCUCAUGAACAGAGUGUUCCGACCAUACUUGGAUCACUUUGUGAUUGUGUUCAUAGAUGACAUCUUGGUUUACUCUAAGACUUUGGAAGGGCAUAAGAAGCAUCUAAGAUUGGUAUUAAGGACUUUAAGGAGGAAGCAGCUUUAUGCCAAAUUUAGCAAGUGUCAGUUUUGGUUGGAUAGAGUGGUAUUCCUUGGACAUGUAAUCUCAACGGAAGGGAUUUAUGUGGAUCCGCAGAAAGUUGAGGCUAUUGUGAAUUGGGUGCAACCCACAAGUGUGACGGAAGUACGGAGUUUUCUGGGGUUAGCAGGUUACUAUCGUCGAUUUGUGGAAGGGUUCUCUUCGAUAGCAGCACCUCUCACGAGGUUGACAAGGAAAGAUGUUGCAUUUGAGUGGACGGAGGAGUGCGAACAGAGUUUUCAGGAGUUGAAGAAGCGGUUGACCACCGCACCUGUUUUGGCUCUUCCUGAUAACUCAGGGGGCUUCGUGAUCUACAGUGAUGCAUCUUUGCAAGGAUUGGGAUGUGUUCUGAUGCAACAUGAUCGGGUGAUUGCUUAUGCCUCGAGGCAACUCAAGAAGCAUGAGCGGAAUUAUCCAGUUCAUGAUUUGGAACUUGCUGCAGUGGUGUUUGCUUUGAAGAUUUGGCGGCACUACUUGUAUGGUGAGACGUGUCAGAUUUUCACUGAUCACAAAAGCCUUAAGUAUUUCUUUACUCAGAAGGAGCUGAAUAUGAGACAACGGCGUUGGCUGGAAUUGAUCAAGGACUAUGAUUGCACGAUUGAGUAUCACCCAGGCCGAGCUAAUGUGGUUGCAGAUGCAUUGAGUAGAAAGACCACUGCGAACUUAGCUCACAUCAGGACGGCCUAUCUUCCGUUGUUGGUGGAACUACGGAAGGAUGGAGUAGAAAUGGAGAUGACUCAACAAGGUGGAAUCCUUGCUAGCUUGCAUGUGAGACCCAUUAUGGUGGAGCGGGUAAUUGCAAGCCAGUUGGGAGAUCCUACACUCUGUAGGAUAAGGGGAGAAGUAGAAAAUGGAACACGGAAGGAUUAUGCCAUAAGGGGAGACGGAGCCUUGGUGAAAGGAGCUCGUCUAUGUGUACCUAGUAAGAAUGCUGAAUUGAAAAGAGAAAUCAUGGAGGAAGCUCACUGUUCCACUUACACUAUGCAUCCGGGUAGUACGAAGAUGUAUCGGACGCUACGGCAUAUUAUUCAUGGCCGCAUAUGA